AAGAGUAACAACACGAGCAGGGUGAGACUCGCGCUGGGAAGAGAACAGACAAUAGCCUGCCAACCGUUGCCUCGCUGAAAAGAACAGCUGCGUUUGAAUUAUUAAACCGAAACAAACAGAUUAAAUCAUUUAAGUCACAUCAUCAAAAAAUCUGUCGCUAUUCGCUGUCAAGGAGAUAUACCUAGAGGACGGAUUGGUGGGUAGCACAGGUUUAUAGAGUGUGAAGCGAAGCGCGGACCGUUUCAGCACCUUGGACAGAGCACGCGAGCAAGCGGGAACAUGGCUCCGAUGGUAACGGAAGAAACACAGUUCGUGGAGGUGCCAGUGAGUGUUGCAGUGGUGAGUGUGUUUGGCCUCGUCUCCUGCGUCUCCCUCUUCGCCUGGAUCUGCUGCCAGCGUAAAAACACCAAGCCACAGACGACACCACCCUACAAGUUCGUGCACAUGCUCAAAGGCGUGGACAUCUACCCCGAGAGUCUUAGUGCCAAGAAGAAGUUUGCUGCCACCGCCAAUGAAAGCAAGACCGACGUGAACGGAAACUGCAAUGCCAACAGCAACAACGCUAAACAACCAAAACAACCGCAAGCGGCCUCCAGCCCAGCAGGGGGCAGAACGCCCCUUCACCUGGACCUGGAGACACAACGUGACCUGAACGGUAACUUCACCUCCACCACCAAACCUCCACAUUCCAACCCCCAGACCCACACCAAGGUCCGCAGCUCCCCAGACCUGGACAUUCCCUCCCCCCACCCAGGGUUCACCCAGCCUGGGGUUCCCUCCCCCACAACCAUUACCACCACCAAUAGCCUCUCCGGCCAGACCCCAAUCCCCACCCAGGGUGCCGCUGACCAAGACAAACCCCAGGACGGAGGCCCUGAAGUGGGCCUCGGGACCCUUCACUUCUCCCUGGAAUACAACUCAGAGAAGAAGGCCUUCGUGGUUCACAUCAAGGAGGCCCACGGGCUGACCCCGACCGACGAGCAGUCCCUGACCUCUGACCCCUACAUUAAGCUGACCCUGCUUCCGGAGAAGAAGCACCGGGUCAAGACUCGCGUCCUGAGGAAGACUCUGGACCCGGCGUUUGACGAGACCUUCAGUUUCUACGGGAUCCCAUUGGUCCGUGUGCAGGAGCUGUCCCUCCACUUCAUGGUGCUCAGCUUCGAUAGGUUCUCCCGCGAUGAGGUCAUUGGUGAGACUCUCGUCCCAUUGGCCGAGAUCAACCUGGCGGAGGGGCGUGUCCUCAUGAGCCGUGAGAUCAUAAAGAGGAAUGUCAGGAGGGGUGCUGGUCGAGGGGAGCUGCUGUUGUCUCUGUGUUACCAGUCCACCACCAGUACUCUAACAGUGGUGGUGUUGAAGGCUCGCCACCUGCUCAAGACCGAUAACCACACAACCUCAGAGCCGUAUGUGAAAGUCAACCUGUUCCAGGGGAAGAAGCGUGUCAGUAAGAAGAAGAGCCACGUAAAGAAGUGUUCCCCCAACCCUGUGUUCAACCAGCUGUUUGUGUUUGACGUGUCCUCCCAGGAGAGGCUGAGGGAAACCAGCGUGGAGCUCCUCCUAAUGGACUCUGAGUCUCCAUCAACCAGGAGGGGGGACUCCACCCGCUCCCCCAACCCCGUCCUGGGGCGUCUGGUCCUGGGUAACGCCGCCUCCGGCACCCCUGGAGAGCACUGGAGGGAGAUCUGCGACCACCCGCGCCGGCAGAUCGCCAAGUGGCACGCCCUGUCCGAGGACUAGGGUUUUAGGGUUGUGAUGGCGUAAGGGCAUUGCCUAGAAACCAGGCGUUGCCUAGAAACCGGCAGAUUAACCAACCAACGCCCAAGGAACUGUUGCUAAGUGAAAGG